CAGCUCAGGAGGCUGAGGCAGGAGGAUCCCGAGUUCAAUGCCAGCCUCAGCACAUGGUUCCGGGGACACCAGGAGGUCCCAGGCCAAGGCCCAAGCAGUGGACACUGCGCCAUGGUGGACCCGGGGCCUCUGGAGGGCGGCUACCUGGAGCUCCUCAACAGCAGCGCCGACCCCCUGCACCUCUACCACUUCUAUGACCAGAUGGACCUGGCCGCCGAGGAGGAGACCGAGCCGGGCUCAGAACCCGACGCGGACACCAUCAACUGCGACCAGUUCAGCAGGCUGCUGUGUGACAUGGAAGGGGACGAGGAGACCAGGGAGGCGUAUGCCCAUAUCGCGGAACUGGACCAGUACGUGUUCCAGGACUCGCAGCUGGAGGGCCUGAGCAGGGACCUUUUCAUGGAACACAUAGGACUGGACGGGGUGCUCGGCGAGGGCCUGGAGGUGCCGGCAGAACCAGGGCCAAGGAGCCAGAAAAGACCUCUCUCAGAAGAGCACCCUGCAGACCUGAAGCACAGGAAGCUCGCCGAGGCCCCUGCUGUGCCCAUAGUGACUGGCAGUUUCCUGGUGGGACCAGCGAGUGACCCGGCCUCCCCGCCUGGCCUGCCGGCUGCUCUGUUCCACCAGGAGCCAACGUCCAGCCAGAUCCACCCGGAGAAAGCUGUGCAGAUGCCCGAGCCUUCCCCCACGGCCUCCGCGAGCUGCCUCCAUCUCCCUGCUGGGCCCAUCCAGCUCAUCUCCACGCUGCCCACGCUGCCCACGCUGCCCACGCUGCCCACGCUACCCCAGGGGCUCUGGCCCAUCUCGGGCGCCGGCACCGGCCUGUGCAGCAUAUUGAUCUGCCACGGUGAGACGCCCCUGACCAGCCAAGCCCCACCUUCCACUGGCCCUGCCGUCCACAGCCUCCCCACGUCCCCGGACCGGCCCGGCUCCACCAGCCCCUUCGCUCCCUCUGCAGCUGACCUGCCCAGCAUGCCUGAGCCGGCCCUGACCGCCCGCACAGCUGGGACAGAGGACAGGAGUUCCCCAUGCCAGGCAGCGCCAGAGGUCUCCACUGAGCUUCCAAAAUGGCCUGGUGAGUGGCGCGGCGGAGUCUCUCGUCCUGGUGGUACGCGCAGAGCCCCGCCUGGCUUCGUCCAUCCAUGCCAUGUGUCUUUGGCCCCAUGUGUGUUGGCUCGUCCACUGGGUCACUCGCUUGAUGCUGCCAUUGCCCACCAUCCCUCCAACGCUAGCUUGGGAGCCACCUACGGGGGACCUGCCCCUCGGGAAGCCCACAUCCCUGACAGCCACCUAGUGUGGGUGCUGACAUCCCCUCUGUGAGGCUGAGACUGAGGCCCAAGGGUACGUAGUGGGCUCAAGUCACACUAAGCAGUGAGUCUGGACAGGAACGCGCCCACGCAGGCUGCCGUCCUCCCCGGGACAGUGAGGGAGCAAACAUGACUGAGUGAGGGGCGGCCAGGAAAGGCAUCAAAGCGUACCCCAGUACUCAGGGGCUGUGCAGGGGGGUGGCAAGUUCCAGGUCCGGGGCCACUUAGACACUGUCGCAGAAUUAAACAUAGAAAGGGCUGGGAUGUGGCUCAGGGGUAGAGCUUCCCUGGGCUCCAUCCCCAAU